GCUUCUUCUGGGACAACCAGACCAGACACAUUGGUAAAUAUCUCCAACAUCAGAGGCAUUUCCACUCCGCCUCUAGCCCUCUCCCGAUGUUAAAAACGAAGCCUCUUGCUUCCUUCCUCGAAUUUCUCCACCCUGUGCCUUUGAACAGUUGAACCGCCCACCACUCCGCCAUCUCUCUCUCUCUCUCUCUCUCUCUAUCCUCCGAGAGAAGAAGAGAUCGGCAAAACAUCAACCCUGAUCGCCUCCAUCUCCACGAUCUCCGAACCCUAGUUCCCUCGAAACCCUUCCGAUUCCGCUUUACCGAUCUCGAUUCGGCGAUCUCUUCCGUGGAAAUGGCUUCCUUUCUGUGAUCUCGAGGCUCCCCUCGAUCCCCCCACGUUCUCCUCCAGGCCCCGUGCAUCCGAUCUUGCUCCGCUUCUCCAAGAUCGCAGCCAUGGCGAUUCGCAUCACCGUCUCCUACUCCGGCUACCUGGCCCAGACCAUCGCUGCCAACGCUGGCCUCCGCUGCGGCAACUGCCGCCUCUUUCACGACGUCGCUGGCCGCAGCCCCCUCGCCUUCUUCGCUGGCCACCGCCGCUCCGACAAUGAUCAUCCCUCUGCUUCCGCCCCUGGCCCCCGUCGAUCUGGGGCUUCCAGUUGGUCCAAGGUCCCGGCUUCCAGGUUCUUCUCCUCUUCGUCCUUCUCCAAGGAUCCCUCGAUGAAGGAUCCGGCCGUGUCGAAUCUGACUGUUGGGUUGCUUUCUGUCGUGGUUUCCGGCUCUGGGUCUUCGACGGCGAUGGGGUUCAAUCCCUCGUCGUUGCUCCCAUUUUUGCAGCAAACAAAGUGGUUUCCUUGCAGUGAGUUCCUCCCGGGGUCGCCGAGAAGUGGCCCGGUGGAUAAGGGAGGUACGGUUCCCAGCGAGACAGAGAUGGUUCCUCGCAAUCAUAAGGGUAGGAUGGUUUCUGGUGAGGGGAGUAGGGCUAAGGAGAGCUCGAGUUCCAGUUCCAGCUCCAGCUCCAUGGUGACUGCAAAAGGUCUGGGUGGCAAGCCCGUUAAAAUGAAUUCGGGCGAGAGGAAUGGGUGGCUUUCGCGGUGGAUGAGUUCCUGCUCGGAUGAUUGUAAGACUGUUUUUGCGGCGUUGACUGUUCCGCUGCUCUACGGGUCGUUCUUGGCCGAGCCAAGAUCGAUCCCUUCUAGGUCGAUGUAUCCGACGUUUGAUGUUGGAGACCGGAUUCUAGCAGAGAAGGUCUCUUAUCUAUUUAGAGAGCCAGAAGUAACAGACAUUGUUAUCUUCAAGGCUCCUAGAAUUCUUCAGGAAAUUGGAUACAGUUCAGGUGAUGUCUUCAUCAAAAGGGUUGUAGCUAAGGCUGGGGAUUAUGUCGAAGUGCGCGAUGGUAAAUUGUUGGUUAAUGGUAUUGUCCAAGAUGAAGAGUUCAUACUAGAGCCUCUUGACUACGAAAUGGACCCAGUGCUUGUACCUGAAGGUUGUGUCUUCGUACUGGGAGAUAAUCGCAAUAACAGCGUCGACUCUCAUAACUGGGGGCCGCUUCCUGUCAAAAAUAUUCUUGGAAGAUCGGUGCUGCGAUACUGGCCUCCAUCAAAAAUAUCAGACACUAUUUAUGAACCAAAUUCAGUGCAAAAUGUGCUGGGAGUUUCUUGACACAUCCCCCUCUGAAGAGCACGAUCUGACUGAUAUGGAUCGAUUCCGGUGGUUACCGGACAUGUUGAUAUUCGGAAUAUUCUACAGCAUCAAUUGUUUCUCUCAAGGAUUUGUGCGCUCUUUCACUUUUUUUUUUUUUCUGAAAUGGCUUCAGUGAUGUUGAAACGAGCUAGUGUAUGAGGCACGUGUGAUCUGGCUAUUGGGACUGCCGAGAUUCUAACAGGUUCCCCCAUAGCUCUUUGGCCAAGUUCAGGAGGAGCAGAAAGCCUGUGCAGACAUCUGGAGUCUCGCGGUGUUCCACGAGCCAAAAAAAAAAGUGCAAAGUACUUUGUCCAAUACGUGUCCUUGCAGUAGACUCUGAGGCCAUUUCGUCAAGAGAUAUAUGUUGUUAUCUGGUUAUCAUGGAGAUUGCUUGGGUAGUGAAAUAAUCAUGCAAAGUUGAUCCUGGAAUGCUUGGUUGAAUAUCCUGUGCUCUCAUAGGCUGUCGCAAUUUUGAGGUGGCCUUCGGUGGCCGCUGAGCUUGAACAUUUAUUCAACUCAAAAGAAUCACUCGCCGUUUCGUUUAGACAAUGGGGGAAGGAGCCCUGCUUUAUUCAAACGAUGUAGACGCUGCUUAUUCGUAUGCCAAAAAUGCUUGCUUGUGCCAUAAAUCAAUUGGUUCAUGGGAUGCAGAUGAAGAAACUGCCAAAGAAAGAUGAGGAUGUGCUGAUAUCGAAGACGACGACGACACUGAUGAGUCCAAGUCCAAAAAAAGGGGGAGUCUCCCCACUUUCCUACCUCUUCCAAUAAUCUCCCGGAUAACAAUUUUCUCGCGAUAAAAAAUGAUCAGACACUUCUGUUCAAUUAGCUGGCUUGCUUGCACGGUUACUGUGAUUGAAGGAAUUAUGCAUCAAAAAGCCCGGAAGGGAUAGUUUUUUGAAUGAUGUGUUCAAGUGUACUGAAUGAAUAUUGGAAAAGCUAUUUUGAAAGGGUUUCUUUCGUUUGUAUCCUGGGACUGUAAGGGAUCCUAGUAUGACUGGUACCCAAAUAAUUUAUCAGAAUUAUAAGUUUUCCUUUUUGGUAU